UCGACCGAUCAACAACAUAAGAAUCGAUUUUUUUUAAUUUUUUGUUUAAUUAUCAGAAACCUGUUUCUGUAAACUUUGUUUAUAUUUUUUUUUCAACAAGUUUCGUCUUUCUCUAGUCACAAGACUUCAAGUGCAGAAAAAAUAUGAAGACAUUGGCAGCUAUCAUUGUAUUGCUGCCCUUUGUUUUGUGCGCAGGAAAUUCCAUUCUCAGAGCUUCGUCACCCGGCAAUAAUCAGCAAUGCGGAUCUCAGUUCCAAAACUCUCAAGAUAAAAUUUUGGAUUUCUCAUGGAGAUUUUUUAAGGCCGUGGAUGCUCAAGUUCCAGCCAGUGAAAAUUUAAUUCUCAAUCCAACGAGUCCCCAAUCACUUCUGUCGGUUUUGGCAAGAGGCGCUACCGGAAGGACAUAUCACGAAUUAUGUCAAGCGACGAAUUUCAAAGAUGAUUUUGAGAUUGACGCUCUUUUUCAGUCUCUUACACGUCCUCAGGACAAAUCAAAUAAGAACGAAUUGUCGAUAGCAACUGCGAUUCUCUUGAACAAAGGCGUCGAUUUGAAUCCCAACUUCCAACAAUCCACGAACGUGAAUACUUACAUCGGAUCUCUGGACUUUACUCAACCAAAAUCCAUUCAAACGAUCAACAAAUGGGCUUCAGAUGCAACAAAAGGCACAAUUCAGCAGAUUUUGAAUCCAUCCGGACAAUAUUCCGACCUUCGAAUGUUAUUGGCGAGUGCAAUUUAUUUCCGCGGAACGUGGCGAGAAGCCUUUAAACCAGCCGGUGACAAAACUUUCAACGCCGCACAACGCGGACAAGCUUAUCGCAUCCCAUUUAUGACGCUGGAGAAGAGUUUCCGUUACGGCGAAAUCGAUGACAAGAACAAAAAGUUUAUCGCGAGUUGGGUUGAACUUCCAUACAGCGACGAACGAUUCUCGAUGGUUGUGAUCAAGCCAGAACCUGGUGUCCAAUUAAGCACAGUCAUCGAUACACUUGACAUUGCGAAGUUUGUGAAGCAAGAUAUGCGAGUUGGACCCACUGAGGUGAACAUAACGAUGCCAAAAUUCCAAUUGCGCUCAAGUACAUCGUUAGUGGCUCCGUUGCAGUCAAUGGGAGUUGUCAGUAUCUUCAAUCAAGGUGCAGAAUUGCCAAAUUUGAUAGCGAAUGAAAAGGCACAAGUCUCGAAUGUGUUGCAAGAAACUUUCAUUGAUGUCGAUUUGGAAGGCUCGAAAGCGUCUGCUGUGACAACCAUCAAUGUGAUCACACUUUCAGCGCACUAUCCGGAAGAUACGGUCCAAUUUUUCGUCGAUAAACCAUUUUUGGCAAUUAUUAUGGACAAAACACAGAAUAUUCCGUUAUUCUAUGCGAAAGUUACGAAUCCCAAAACGAACUAAAUUUAAUUUUAAGCUUUUUGUUUGUGAUUUUUUGAAUUUUUUAAUAAAAAAGUGGUUUUGACU